GUAGCUUGAAGAGUGGCAGAAACAAAAGUGUCGAUUGAACUUCGCUCUUGGACUCAAACUUUCUUUUAGCAGAGAUACCUCGAAUAAUGGAGUUGGAGCUAUGGAAUUAAAGCCGGGAGCGCUUGUAAUGGAGGUUUUAUUUGUGCAAUUGCUGCUUUGUAGUAGUGUGACUGUGAUUUACGGUGACCCGUUGCUGCUCUUUGCUAACCGUCGAGAUGUGCGAUUGGUGGAUGCGGAGGCUACGCGGCCGGAGUCGAUGGUCGUGGUCAGUGACCUAGAGGAUGCAGCGGCGGUGGACUUUCUCUACUCAGAGGGACUCAUCUUCUGGACGGACGUCAGCGAUGAGGCCAUAAAACAGACCUACUACAACCAGUCGACUAACUCCGUUAAGGAAGCCACUCUGGGCACUGGGCAGACAGUGGUCGUAUCAGGAUUGGACUCACCCGACGGGCUUGCCUGCGAUUGGCUCGGACGCAAGCUCUACUGGACCGACUCAGAGACCAACCGCAUUGAAGUCGCCAACCUGGACGGCACUUCUCGGAAAGUGCUCUUCUGGCAGGACCUGGACCAGCCCAGGGCCAUAGCCCUAAACCCGGCCCAUCGGUACAUGUACUGGACAGACUGGGGGGAGGAGCCUCGCAUUGAGAGGGCGGGAAUGAACGGCAGUAGCAGAGAGAUCAUUGUGGGCGUGGAUAUCUACUGGCCCAAUGGACUGACCAUUGACCUGGAGGAGCAGAAACUAUACUGGGCAGACGCCAAGUUAAACUUCAUCCACCGAGCCAACCUGGAUGGUUCUUCUCGAGAGACUGUGGUGGAGGGCACUCUCACCCACCCUUUCGCCCUCACCCUGUCUGACGACACCCUGUACUGGACGGACUGGCAGACCCGAUCCAUCCAUGCCUGCAACAAACACACCGGAGACAAGAAGAGGGAGAUCCUGAGCGGCAUUUACUCUCCCAUGGACAUUCAGGUCCUGGGCAAGGACAGGCAGCCAUACAUUCAAACUCCAUGCAGCGAGGGGAAUGGAGGCUGUUCCCACCUAUGUCUUCUCUCUCCCAUGCAACCUUUCUACAGCUGCGCCUGUCCCACGGGAGUCAAACUUAAGGAAGAUGGCAAGACCUGUCGCCCAGGAGCAGAGCAGGUCCUGUUGCUGGCCCGACGGACGGAUUUGCGUCGGAUCUCUCUGGACCUUCCUGACUUCACCGACAUUGUGCUGCAGAUCAGUGACAUACGCCACGCCAUCGCCAUUGACUACGACCCUGUCGAUGGCUUUGUGUACUGGACAGAUGAUGAGGUCAAAGCCAUCCGCAGGGCGCGCAUCGACGGCAGCGAUGCCCAAACGCUGGUCACCACUGAGAUAAACCAUCCGGACGGCAUCGCGGUGGACUGGGUGGCGCGGAAUCUCUACUGGACGGACACAGGAACAGACCGCAUUGAGGUGACCAGACUUAACGGAACAUCUCGUCGAGUUCUCGUCUCGGAAAACCUGGAUGAACCCCGAGCCAUUGUUCUAGACCCAAUCAGCGGCUACAUGUACUGGACAGACUGGGGAAAGAAUCCAAAGAUUGAGCGAGCUAGUCUCGACGGGAGCGAUCGCAUAGUUCUUGUCAACACCUCGCUGGGAUGGCCUAACGGUUUAGCCAUUGAUUACACCGCUGGAAAACUGUACUGGGGGGACGCCAAGACUGACAAAAUCGAGGUGAUUAAUGUGGAUGGCUCUAACAGGAGGACUCUAUUGGAGGACAAGCUGCCUCACAUCUUUGGUUUUACCCUGCUGGGAGACUACAUCUACUGGACGGACUGGCAGAGAAGGAGCAUCGAGAGAGUCCACAAGACUAAAGUGGUUCGUGAGAGCAUCAUAGACCAGCUCCCAGACCUCAUGGGCCUUAAGGCCACCAAAGUCACCGAGACCUUUGGCACUAACGCCUGUGCAGAGGACAACGGAGGCUGCAGUCACCUGUGUUUUUACCGGCCGCAGGGCCCACGCUGUGCCUGUCCCAUGGGGCUGGAGCUGCUGAGCGACCUGCGAACGUGCGUUGUCCCUGAGGCUUUCCUCCUCUUCACCAACCGCGCGGACAUCCGCAGCAUCUCCCUGGGCACCAACAGCAACGACGUCGCCAUCCCGCUCACCGGCGUCAAAGAGGCCUCCGCCCUCGACUUUGACGUGGCUGAGAACAGGAUCUAUUGGACUGACGUCAGUACCAAGACCAUUAGUCGUGCCUUCAUGAAUGGCAGCUCGGUGGAGCACGUGAUCGAGUUCGGCCUGGACUACCCUGAGGGCAUGGCGGUCGACUGGAUGGGCCGCAACAUCUACUGGGCCGACACGGGCACCAACCGCAUCGAGGUGGCCCGUCUGGACGGGCAGUACCGUCAGGUCCUGGUGUGUAAGGACUUGGAUAACCCUCGCUCUCUGGCGCUGGACCCUGCCAACGGGUACAUGUAUUGGACCGAAUGGGGAGGCAGGCCCAGGAUAGUCCGUGCUCACAUGGAUGGCACUCACAUUGUUACGUUGGUAGACAAGGUGGGAAGAGCGAACGGCCUCACCAUUGACUAUAUUGAUCAGAGGCUUUACUGGACUGACCUGGACACAUGCAUGAUAGAGUCAACCAACAUGCAAGGUCUCCAGAGGGAAAUAGUUGCAGAUGACCUGCCACACCCAUUUGGUCUGACCCAGUAUCGGGACUACAUCUACUGGACGGACUGGAACCUGCGUAGCAUCGAACGUGCGGACAAACGUAGCGGCCUGAACCGUACGGUGGUGCAAGGUCACUUGGAAUACGUCAUGGACAUCCUGGUCUUCCACUCCUCCCGUCAGGACGGCUCCAACGAGUGCUCCCAGAACAACGGCAACUGCGCACACCUUUGCCUGGCGUCACCCUCGGGUGCCCAAUGCCGCUGUGCCUCGCACUACACCCUGGACCCCAAUGGACGCAACUGCAGCUCUCCCUCCAGCUUCCUGCUCUUCAGUCAGAAGGCCUCUAUUAGCCGGAUGGUACUUGGGGAGCAGAGCCCUGACAUCAUCUUGCCCAUCCAUGUGCAGCGGAACGUGAGGGCCAUCAGCUAUGACCCACUGGAGCGCCUGCUCUACUGGGUGGACGGCCGGCAGAGCAUUCGCAGGGCCCGGGAUGACGGCACACAGGCCACCACGGUGGUGUCAACCAUGGCCAGCCACCAGCAGACUGUUGAGAAGCAGCCGCAUGACCUGAGUCUGGACCCGUACAGCCGCACCGUCUACUGGACCUGUGAGAUCACCAACACCAUCAACAUCCAGCGUAUGGACGGCCAGGCCGUGGGAGAGGCUCUCCGAGAUGACGUCGACAAGCCGCGUGCGAUUGUCGUCAACGCCGAGAAAGGAUACAUGUAUUUCACCACGGUGCAGGACCGCUCAGCUAAAAUCGAGCGUUCCUCCCUGGACGGAACAGAGCGCGAAUCUCUCUUCACCACGGGACUCAUCCGCCCUGUGGCUUUGGCCUUGGACAACAAAUUGGGCAAACUCUUCUGGGUAGACGGUGACCUGAAACGCAUAGAGAGCAGUGACCUAUCUGGGGCCAAUCGAAUCGUGCUCCAGGAUUCCAACAUCCUACAACCAAUGGGACUGACGGUGCUGGGAGACCAUCUUUACUGGAUAGACCGACAACAGCAGAUGAUUGAGCGGGUGGAUAAGCUGACGGGGGACAAGAGGACACGCAUUCAGGGCCGCAUCGUUUAUCUGACCAGCAUCCACGCAGUCGAGUUUAUGGAGCCGGAGGAGUUUGCAUCCCACCCCUGUUCCCGUGACAACGGAGGGUGCUCGCACAUCUGCAUUGCCAAGGGCGAUGGAACGCCGCGUUGCUCAUGUCCGACGCACCUGGUGCUGCUGCAGAACUUACUCAGCUGCGGAGAACCGCCCACCUGCUCCUCAGAACAGUUCACCUGUGCCACCGGCGAAAUUGACUGCAUCCCAAUGGCGUGGCGUUGCGACGGAAUCGCCGAGUGCGCCGACCACAGCGACGAGGAGAACUGCCCGGUCUGCUCCGCUCUCCAGUUCCAGUGUGACAAGGGCCAGUGUGUGGACGCCCAGUUACGCUGCAACGGCGAACCAGACUGCACGGAUGGCUCAGACGAGCAAGACUGCGACACCAUCUGCAUGCCCAAUCAGUUCCGCUGUGGUAACAACCAGUGCAUCCUGAAGAAGCAGCAGUGUGACUCUUUUUUUGACUGCUCAGACAGAUCUGACGAACUCCACUGUGGUGAGUCUCCCCCGGCCAGCGACCUGCCACGUCACACCAGCACCAUCGGGCCAGUGAUUGGCAUCAUUCUCCUGGUGUUUAUAAUGGGGGGAGUGUACUUUGUGUGCCAGCGUGUCGUGUGCCGACGCUACAAAGGUCCCAACGGAGCCUUCCCCCACGAGUACAUCAGCGGCACCCCCCACGUACCCCUCAAUUUCAUCGCCCCCAGCAACUCCCAGCACGGCACCUUUACAGGUAAAGGCAUCUCCUGUGGGAAGUCUAUGAUGAGUUCAGUGAGUCUAAUGGGAAGCAGUAGCAGUGGAGCUCCUCUCUAUGACAGGAACCAUGUGACUGGGGCGUCCUCCAGCAGUUCCUCUAGCACUAAAGGAGCCUUUUACCCUCAGAUUCUCAACCCUCCUCCAUCUCCAGCAACAGACCGUUCGCUUUAUAACACUGAAAUCUUCUACUCCUCUAACAGCCCCUCCACAACCAGGUCCUACAGGCCGUACCUGAUGCGAGGGGUGGCACCCCCCACGACCCCCUGCAGCACAGACGUGUGCGACAGCGACUACACCACCAGCCGGUGGAAAAGCAACAAAUACUACAUGGACCUCAAUUCAGACUCUGACCCCUAUCCCCCUCCCCCGACCCCCCGGAGUCAGUACCUGUCUGCGGAGGAGAGCUGCCCUCCAUCUCCUUCCACAGAGCGUAGCUACUUCCACCUGUGUCCUCCACCCCCAUCACCCUGCACGGACUCCUCAUGACAGCCGGCUAACAGCCACAUCUGUAAAUAGUUUUAAAUCUAAAAUUUAAUUUUAAUUUUAAUUUUUUAAUUUUAAUUUUCAUUUUUAAUCUCCCUCUUCGUUGCUUGUCAUGCAGCAGCGUUAGGAAAGUAAAGGAAAAGAAAAAAAAAAACGAGUUGUGUUAACUUCCUUUUAAAAGUGAUCAAAUGUACAGUGCUCACUGCAUGACUGUGUGCGUGCGUGUUGACAUCUAUGUUUCUAACAUUUGAUUUCUUUUUGACUUCUUUCACCUGAAGUUUUUAUCAGCUCUUGAGUCGCAAGCUGAGAACUCCUAUGAAUCCAAGCAUUUAAUUGGCUUAUGCCAGUUGAAAUUAUUUUGUGAAUAGAGUCUAUUCACCAAAUGGUAGAUGUCUGUUUUAAGCCACGAAAAGCACUAAAAAAUGUCUGUUAAUCUAACCAGCCAAAUUAGACUUAAAUACCAAAAUAUUCCAAACAGAGGUAUUGUAAAUAUGUGUAAUUAAGUAAAUAAUUAAUUUUGUUUCCAGUUUUUUGGGCCAUGAGCUGUUCUUAUUGUUUUCUAUGUGAAUAAGACAUAGUCCCAAGCAAAUGUUUGGUUUUGCUCUGUUUACCAAAAGUGUGUUUGCUGCUAUUGUACAUAUACAUGUUUGUUCUGAAUGACAACAGCCAACAAAAAAAAUAUUUUUUAUGAUGAAAAAUUGACAUUAGUUUGGUUAUAAAAAAAAAUAUUGUUUAAAUUGUAAAAUUAUUAAUCUCUCAUAGCAAGAUUGCGAAUUUAAUGUGUUUGUGUAUAGAACGUCAUAUAAGUAUAUGGAUAUACAUGUGAAAUGUUUUUACUUUUGAAGGAGUCCAAAAGACAUGCUUUCUCGAAGUGUUCUCAUGAUCUGUAUACAGUAUGUUGCCGUUAUUGACAGUUGAUUUGGGCAAAAGCACAUUGUGUUGGACUAUUGACAAGACAAAGCCUCAGUAUGGAGAAUUCUCAAUACUGAAUUCCUCUUGUCUUCAAGCUAGCAAAGAAUGUGUUCGUAUAAAUCAUUCAGAACUGAUAUAAAAAGUGACCCGGAGUAGUGUGUUUUAUCUUGGACAAGUCUGAAAAAAACCUUAAGCUAUUGUGCUCUUUUGCAACACACAGUUGUGCCGUCAUCAUACUAAUAAGUCCCAUUAUCAUUGUAUAUUAAGUUCAUUAUAUAAAAAAAUGAAGAUAAAACAACAAUUAGUGCUUUUACUCUCCUAGUGCAUUCAGUGUACGUCUAGUAUGCUGAUGGAGAUGUGUACAAUCUAGCUUUCAUUCUUAAAUAUUUGUUUCCCUAACUUAUCAAAAACAAACUGUGUUGCCAAAUUUAGCACUUAUUUGAAAAUUAUUUAGUAUUCAUGCGAUUUUGAAUUGUCUAGAAAAUAACUACCAUUAAGAAAAAAUUAGAGAUGUUCAUCUGUCCAAGAACUCUAAUAAAAGAAGCAUUAAUGCUUUAUUUAGCUUAAAAAAAAUUACUAAUUGUAACUUGUACAAAUAUAAUGUCAAAAACAUGUAAUUGUUGUUCUGGUGGUGGUGGUGGUGACUUAGUUGGCUUGUGACUGAAUUGAAUUGUCAAAAUCCACUUUUAUACUUUCAUCAUACAUGAAAGCAAAAGCAGACACCUGCACUGAUAAUUCGACCAACUGGCACUCAUUUUAAAGGGUUUAGAGCUUAAACUGAGCUUACCUAACUGCCAAGCCCUGCAGUUACAUUGGCUUUAUCGGGUUCCAUUAUCCUCACAAGUGUAGCCAUAAAAAUGGUAUUAACGACUGUAAAUGUGACAGAACUGUUUGUUGACUGCUUCAUGUACCACUCUUGAGUUGACGUGCCAACCGUGGCACGGGCGGGGACGCGGGCUGACGCGUGGCCUGUAUCAGACCUGCUCAGAUUGUACCGUGCCGUUCUCCGAGAAGAGCCUCCUCAAUGAAAAGGCUCUCCUCUCUCUCUCACACACACACACACACACACACACACACACAUUCAUCCAAAGGACUGUCUGGUGUACAAAUGCCUCAGAAAAUGCAAACUUGUGACAAUUUUUUGUAUCAAAAUCAUUUUAUAUAUAAAUAUAUAUAAUAAAGGUUCUAUUUUAAGG